CAGCUUUUUACAUAGUCCACAGGUAAAAGCCUCACUGACACACAGCCUGAAGAAGACUUCUCUACACUAGAAUAUGCAAUAAAGGAACCAGCUGCAUCAUCAUAUUCAUCAUCACUGUCACCAUAUACGGUAGAUUCCACCUGACGUGGCCUCCUCCCCCGGCGUGGACCCUCACCCUUUACCAAUGCUUCAGCUCCAGGAGGUGGGCUCCACUAAAGCCUCAGAGAGGCCGAGGUCCCCGGGACUCCUGCCCGCCGUGUACAGCCCUCCUCUGGGCAUGGACAGCCACACUGUCUGCAUCCCCUCUCCGUACAUGGACAGCAGCCACGAAUACAACCACAGCCAUGGACCUCUGACCUUUUACAGCCCAUCUGUGCUGAGCUAUAGCAGGCCACCCAUCACCGACAGCCCAUCAUCUCUGUGCCCCUCCCUUAGCCCAUCAGCUUUUUGGCCGUCCCACAACCAUCCCACCAUGCCCUCACUGACUCUGCACUGCCCUGAGCCUAUUGUCUACAAUGAACCCAGCCCACACGCACCCUGGCUUGAGUCCAAAGCCCACAGCAUUGAUGCUAGCAGCUCCAUCAUUGGCUCUAACAAGUCUCUGGUGAAGAGAUCAGAGGAAGGAGUGGAAGACAUGAACUCCUCCUUGUGUUCCUCUGCAAUAGGGAAAGCUGACAUGCACUUCUGCGCCGUGUGCCACGACUACGCCUCGGGGUACCACUACGGUGUGUGGUCCUGCGAGGGGUGCAAGGCUUUUUUCAAGAGAAGUAUCCAAGGACACAAUGACUACAUCUGCCCCGCCACAAAUCAAUGCACUAUCGACAAGAACCGGCGCAAAAGCUGCCAAGCCUGCCGUCUGCGUAAAUGCUACGAAGUGGGCAUGAUGAAGUGCGGCGUAAGGCGUGAACGCUGCAGCUAUCGAGGAGCCCGACACCGCCGUGGUGGACUCCAGCCGCGGGAUCCCACAGGCAGGGGUUUGGUCAGGGUCGGGCUGGGUUCUCGGGCCCAGCGGCAUCUCCAUCUGGAGGCUCCUCUCACCCCGCUCGCCCCCAUCUUUCAGACGAAACACGUUCAUCUGUCGGCCAUGAGCCCAGAGGAGUUCAUCUCCCGCAUCAUGGACGCAGAGCCUCCAGAGAUCUACCUCAUGGAGGACCUGAAGAAGCCCUUCACAGAGGCCAGCAUGAUGAUGUCCCUCACCAACCUGGCAGACAAGGAACUGGUCUUCAUGAUCAGCUGGGCUAAAAAGAUCCCUGGCUUUGUAGAGCUGAGUCUAGCUGACCAGAUCAACCUGCUGAAGUGCUGCUGGCUGGAGAUCCUGAUGUUGGGCCUGAUGUGGAGGUCGGUGGAUCAUCCUGGAAAACUCAUCUUCUCUCCAGACUUCAAACUCAACAGGGAGGAGGGACAGUGUGUGGAAGGCAUCAUGGAGAUUUUCGACAUGCUGCUGGCAGGCACCUCUCGCUUUCGUGAGCUGAAGCUUCAGAGGGAGGAGUACGUCUGCCUGAAGGCCAUGAUCCUCCUCAACUCCAAUCUGUGCACAAGCUCCCCUCAGACCGCCGAGGAGCUGGAGAGCAGGAACAAGCUGCUGCGUCUGCUGGACUCGGUGAUCGAUGCUCUGGUCUGGGCCAUUUCCAAAAUGGGCCUGACGACCCAGCAGCAGACUCUACGCCUGGGACACCUCACCAUGCUGCUUUCCCACAUCCGCCACGUCAGUAACAAAGGCAUGGACCACCUGUCCACCAUGAAGAGGAAGAAUGUGGUGCUGGUGUACGACCUCCUCCUGGAGAUGUUAGACGCCAACACGUCCAGCGGUAGCAGCAGCAGUCAACCGUCGUCCUCGCCAAGCUCCGAGACUUACUCUGACCAGCACCAGUACCCGCAGCCUCCGUCUCACCUGCAUCCAGGCUCAGACCAGACCAUGGCUGACCACACCAUUGUGCCUCCACACGACCCAGCUGAAGACCCGAUCCUAGAUGGACACCUGGAUGGUCUGCCCCUCCAGUCCUCGCCACCGUUUCAGAGUUUAGUGGUGCCUCAGAUGGAUACCAAUGAUUACAUCCAUCCGGAGCAGUGGUCCCUGGGCACAGGAGAUGCAGCUCCAUCAGUGGAACCAACAGACUACAUCACCACCAAUCAAGUCGUCAUGGAAACUGCCUUAGUGACACAACCGUAAGAGACAAACUGAGACUGAACCUUAAUGGAUUUCCACCGCCCCAAAAGAUCCCAAAAAAAUAAACCAAACAAAAAAAAGCAAAAAAAAACAAAAACAAAGUGCAGUUCUGUUGUGAGGUGAAGUUUUUUUCUCUCGUUAAGAUGUUUUUAGUCUUUGAAAAAAAAAACGUUUUUGAUUGAAUGUAUAUUUUCCAUGUGAAAUAUUUCCUGUGAAUGUGCACUACAGUAGAUGUUCACAAGAACAUCGCUGAACCUCUGCCUGUCAGUUUGAGCUCUCUUUUGAUAAACAGUGUUUGUAUGUCUUUUUUUGCACCUUGAUGUAACAUCCAGAACAAUCUGCCACCUACAACCGUCCGCAGCCACCUACAGGAAGGUGCAUGUGGUCAACAGUUACCAUCAUUUCCAUAAGCGUUGGUAGACAUAAAGCUAAACAGAAAUAUAUGUAACAAAAAAAAAGGGCAGUGUUUUCUAUCACACUGUGGUGUUUUUCUCCUUCACUACUACUGUGUACUUUGAUGUUUUAUUCAGUGCCUGUUCAUCCAGGAUUUUUCUACUCUCUUUGUACAGACUACAAGUGUCAGUGCAGUCGAGAAGCAGCAGACUGUGGCCUUUCUAUCAAAUGACUGUUAACAGCAGCUUUCUUCACUGUUCAUGUGGUUCAACUAAGGCUGGAUUUACACAAUGUGAUACGUGGCACAGAUAUGUUCUUGAACGCUCGGCACCAGCAAAACUAAAAGAAACAAAUCAUUGUCAUGAGUUGAUGACAGUUUUAGAGCUUAAAACUGAAAAUGUAAAGUUAUCAUGUAAAUAUAAUAACUUGCUAUCUGUGUACAUUCUGCCAUAUGUAAAAAAUAAACAUGCCAAAGCAUAUACUAAAUGUUAGCAUGUUUUAAAGAAUUAAAUUACUAGGCACCAGCAACAGAAAAAGACAAAUCAAAAUGAGUCAUGAAUAAAGUUCAUGAAUUAAGUCUUUCAAUGGUAACGAUAACAUAAUAAUGCUAGCAUAAUACAAUGCUUAACGUCACGUAAAGAUUAUUAUUAUUAUUAUUCUUCAUUUUCGACUUUUGAGUGAGCUUAAAGUAAACUUUGAGUUGUCGCACGAAAACUAAUGACUGACUAACGACUUUGCCUUAGCCAUACUGAGAGACUAACCAAAAGUUAUCAUGCUAAGUACACAAUACAAGUUACAUGCUAAAUGUUACCACACUAACAUGUGCAGUGUAGUGAUUUUGGCAUUUUAUCUCCAACAUUUUGAUAAAGAGAAAUCUUUUUACCUGAACAUCAUUUGUUUUUUAAAACAGCCGGAUUCUUUACACAAAUAUGAUUUUAUUAAACUCAGACUCACCGAUCACCGAUUUCCCUUUACAUACUAUUAUUAGGUAAAUCAUACGUGAUUUUUACAGAUAUACUACUUCUACUGCUAGUAAGCAUUCUCUUUCUGUCAAAGAGCCUCAGUCUAGACAGCAGAUAAUAACAAAUACAUUUUCAUAUUUGGUCAAUUUAGGUUCUUUUUGCUGUAAUAUGCAUUUUCUGGAACACACAAAGUGCAGAACUGUUUUUGUUUUUUUCUUGUGUUUUGGACUUAUUUGCUCUGGUGCUUCUGAUUAUAAUGUUGUUAAUCACUUUUCUCUUGGAACAGAACAGUUGGUUAUUUGGUACCUUCCAAAUUACUUUGUUUUGACCUUGCCAAACAAAAUGAAACAUUAAAUCUUCAGAAUCUUUGGAUAAAGUGCUCUAAACGCAUCAUUUAAGUCAUUUUUGGACGUCCACCUAUGAGCUGUGCCACUUGCCAGUGUAAAUUCAACUUUAGUGCCAGAUUAUCUCACCACUGUUGGUAGACAGAUAUAUGUUCGUUCACUAUCCUUUCUUUCCUAAUGUCUGUGGCUUGUACAUGCAUGCGCACAAACGCAUACACACAUUCAUCCAAAUCUGACAGUUUGUGCUCAGCACACACAUUCAUAUCUCCGAUCUUGUUGAAGUUUUUGCCUGUCAAAGCAGGUUCUUUCUAACACAGCGAUAAAGCAAACAUGCAACCACAAAUCAUCAUAAUCAAUCAUAAACACAGUUUAUUGUCAAUCAGAAAUGACAAUCUGUACAUCCCAUAAAUAAUAAGUUUGCAAAAUAAAUCAAACUUCACACA